CGAGCCCUUUAAGGCGGCGGCGCGGCGGAAGCGCGUGGCCGCACGUGGCCCACUGGGUGCCCUCGGCCGAGCUGUGUGGCCAUGGACAUAGGCGCCGACGAGUUCGAGCAGAGCCUCCCUCUGCUGCAGGAGCUCGUCCUGGGCGCGGACUUCGUGGGUCUGGACAUAGAGUUCACGGGCCUUCGUUCUAACCUGUCUGGGCCCCAGCAGAUCAGUCUUUUUGACUUGCCAUCGGAAUGGUAUCUAAAGACCCGCCAGAGUGUUCAGCAGUUCACAAUCUGUCAGAUUGGGCUGUCUGUGUUUUCCAGUAUUGAAGGCGAGUCAAACAAGUAUGUCGCCCAUUCGUGUAACUUCUUUCUCUUCCCUACAACAUUUGGGAUUUUGGAUUCGGAAUUCUCUUUUCAGGCCUCGAGCGUUCAGUUUUUGAAUCAGUAUGGCUUCGACUAUAACAAGUUUCUCAAAAAUGGAAUCCCGUAUAUGAACGAGGAGCAGGAGAAGAAGAUCAGACACAACCUCCUGACCGGGAACUGGAGAGUCCGCAGUUCUCUGGAUAAAGACCAGAUCAAGGUGGUGAUUGAUGAGGUGACACGCUGGCUGGACCUGGCAGAGGAAGGCGACUGGAUGACCCUCCCCGGCAUCACUGGCUUCCAGGCCUUCGAGGUCCAGCUGGUGCUGCGGAAGGCCCUGCCCAACAUCUGGACGGUGCUGAGAGACCAGGGGGUGAUAGUGAAGAAAGUAAGCAAACAGCAUCGCUGGUAUCUGGAGAACACCUCCUGUGACCGGGAGAGCUGCUGGAAGGAGAAGAUUCUCCUCUCUGCCAGGGGUUUCUCUGUGUUUUUCCAGAUGCUGGUGAAAGCCCAGAAGCCCCUGGUGGGCCACAACAUGAUGAUGGACCUGCUGCAUCUCCACGAGAAGUUCUUCAGGCCUCUCCCAGAAAGCUACGAAGAGUUUAAGCUGAACAUCCACAACCUAUUUCCGAUUCUCAUUGAUACCAAGAACGUGACGAAGGAUAUCUGGAAGGAACUGAGCUUCCCGAGGGUUUCAAAUCUUUCAGAAGUGUAUGAAGUCCUGAACAGUGACUUGAAUCCCACCAAGGAUUCUGGGCCGGUGAUUAUCCACGCAAGCAGAUGUGAAAAGUAUGUGGAGACCAAGUAUCCCCACGAGGCAGCUUACGAUGCCUUCCUCUGCGGAUCAGUUCUUUUGAAAGUGGCACACUUGCUGCUGUGGAGAGUUCACGGCGCCGUCCCCAUCCCUGAGCCCUCCUUCCCGCUCUACCUCGAUGUGCUGGCGCCCUAUGUGAACCAGGUGAACCUUAUCCGAGCCGGGGUCCCCAAGAUCAAUUUCUCGGGUCCGGACCACCCCAGUAUCCGCCCCCCCAUCCUCAUCCUCAGUGUCAGGAGGUGGCCCGAGGUCAGCGAGCAGCAAAUCUACCGCGAGUUUCAGAAUCUCUGCAAAUUUGACGUCCGGAGACUCACCCGGAGCCAGUUCCUGCUCUUGACCAAUAAGUUUAAGGACGCCCGGAGCAUCCUGAAGGAGUACAGGUGCCACCCCACCCUGCAGGUCUCCCUGUACCGCUACUGGAGGCACUCCCCGGACAUCACCUGCUUGUUAGAAGUCUGUGGCGUAGUCAUCACCUGGGCCUUAAUGGCGUUUCUUCUGGGAAGACCUUGCCUCUGAGGGCAGCAGUGUGGCCCGCAGCUCCGUCCCAUCUCUGCUCGCCCAGACAGCCGUCCUGGGUUUUGUUUGUUUAAAUCAUCUCCUAUUGCUAAUCUGUAUGCUCCUUAUGGGAGUUUCGUUAAGUUUUGAGUGUGAAAUUCUGUAAAUAUUAUCUGUGAUAAAUCCUUUGCAGCCAAAACUUUUCUUUCUAUAAAUGAUUGGGAAGAAAUCUCCGCCUCUGGGAGUUUAGGCUAAUGUUCCAGAGUUGUAUUCUUUUCCCACCCCCCCUUUUUAGGGCCGCACCUGCAGCAUAUGGAAGUUCCCAGGCUAG